UGUCUUCGGUCUCCGCAGUAGAAGAAGACUGAAGACUGAUCUUCGCUCAAGAACCCUGCGAGAAAGUCAAGAGUCUCCGCGCGAUCGCUGUGGCGGAGACCAGAGGUUGCCAUCUGCGGCACGGAAGGGAAGCGCUGCCCGGGGACUUGACUGUAGCAGAUUUCUCUUUCUGCGGGUCUUCGUGCUUCUAAAGUGUUGGUAUAUAAGAUACGGGCCGAGGUGUCGCGUGCAGGGAAGCUUCCUCCAAGGACUCGCAGUCGUGUCUUCCGCGCUCCCGGCUCAGAGUCGCCCGUGUCUCGCGCACUAUGGGAAACGCCGCUACCGCCAAGAAAGGCAAUGAAGUGGAGAGCGUUAAAGAGUUUCUAGCCAAGGCCAAAGAAGAUUUCUUGAGAAAAUGGGAAUCUCCACCACAGAGCACAACUGGUUUAGAUGACUUUGACAGACUGAAGACGCUGGGCACAGGAUCCUUCGGCAGAGUUAUGUUGGUAAAACACAAAGCAACAGAUCAAUUCUACGCCAUGAAAAUUCUGGACAAACAGAAGGUGGUUAAGUUGAAACAAGUGGAGCACACGCUAAAUGAGAAGAGAAUAGUGCAAGCAGUGUCCUUCCCGUUCCUCGUCAGAUUGGAAUAUGCCUUCAAGGACAACUCCAAUUUGUAUAUGGUGAUGGAAUAUGUACCAGGAGGGGAGAUGUUCUCACAUCUUAGAAGAAUCGGAAGGUUCAGUGAACCGCAUGCACGGUUUUAUGCAGCGCAGAUCGUCCUGACCUUUGAGUACCUCCACUCGCUAGACCUCAUUUAUAGAGACCUGAAACCUGAGAACCUGCUGAUUGAUCAGCACGGCUACAUACAGGUAACAGACUUUGGCUUUGCGAAGAGAGUAAAGGGCAGAACCUGGACAUUAUGCGGAACUCCAGAGUAUCUUGCACCAGAGAUCAUCCUAAGCAAGGGUUACAACAAGGCCGUGGACUGGUGGGCCCUUGGCGUCCUCAUAUAUGAAAUGGCAGCUGGAUAUCCUCCAUUUUUUGCGGACCAGCCUAUUCAGAUCUAUGAGAAGAUAGUGUCCGGAAAGGUACGAUUCCCCUCACACUUCAGCUCUGAUCUGAAAGAUCUGCUGAGGAAUCUGCUUCAGGUGGACCUGACCAAGCGGUUUGGCAACCUCAGGAAUGGUGUCAAUGAUAUCAAGAACCACAAAUGGUUUGCCACAACAGAUUGGAUAGCCAUCUAUGAGAGAAAGGUGGAGGCGCCAUUCAUACCGAAGUGCCGAGGUCCUGGGGACACAAGCAACUUUGACGACUACGAAGAGGAAGACAUACGUGUAUCAGUUACAGAGAAAUGUGCAAAAGAAUUUGCAGAGUUUUAGUUUUUCAAAGUCAUGGACACGUCAAAGCUAGACAUAUGCAUAUAUACGUAUAUUUAUUUAUCUAUAUAUGUAUAUGUGUGUGUGUGUGUCACACAACACAUCAAAUAAGGGUUUCUUUGCACUCUAAAGACACGGGAUGAGCAGAGAGCACAUUACCCUUGUGUACUGUACUUCCUUCAUUCCAUUUGGCUUUAGAGAGACGUCACCAGGGUUCUCACAGUCCACCAUCUAACCCUCAUAGACUGGCGCAUCACUUACUCCUUUCAUUCACCGGUUUUUCUUUUUUCUUCUGAAACAACCCCUGAAAUUGUUUUGAGAGAUAUUCCCCCUAUGAAAGAUUUUUUGUUGUUGUUGAAAGGUUUUAUAUUUAAAGGCAAUUCAUUAUUGUUACAUUAUACCAUGGUCUUUUUGAAUACUGGAUUCUGAUUGGUUGGCAGGUGUGCCUUAAAACCCUUGUAACGCACAGGUAGCUCCAGUAAGUUUGAUUACAUUUGACACUUAACUGACAAAAUCACUGUUAUUUUCAGCUGUUUGAUCUAAAAUUUCACUGUAAACAUCAAUAAAAGAUUUAACUUGGCAAAUGACCAUGGUAUAAACGGGAUAAUCCACAGGUAGCCGUGCGUUAAAGGAUAUUAAUGCACUCCGCUUCGCAUCGGGUGGUUCUUGGCCUCCACGUCGUGCAUUAAAACCCUUUAACGCACGUCUAGCUGUGGAUUAUCCCUUACUUAUAACACAGUAUAACCACAGUUCUGUUUUUCUUCGGCAGCGUCACAGUGUUGUGAUUUGAAAGGAAGGUGUUGCCUCUAGCUGUCUACAGUUUUGUGUUAUGCGUUGGUUUCAUUCGUUUUUACUUUCUUUUUACCUCAGACCAAACACUGACAACUUUCGGGACGCUUUUGGUUUUCUUUUGCUAGUAUUUGUUACUUGUACAUAUCCAUUUAUUUUAGUGGGUUUUUUCUUUUCAUUUCAACCAUCCCGUGUGUUGAAAGCAUGACCAAACCAUCAUGUUGUGGAUGGCAGAGGAGGUCUUAACUCUUCAGACUUGCCUUAGGAAACCCGAUAUUAAAGAGCUCACAGAGUGUUACAGUGAUCUUUACAUGAGAACGUUACAGUGAAGGUCCAGUCUCAUGCAUAUACUGACAGAUCAUGUUACAAAUGCAAAUGUAUCUAUUAUUUUACCACUUUUGUGCAUUUUUAUUCCUAACGCAAUUUUAUUGUAAGAUGUGCAACCUCGGAUUGGCUCACUUGAGUCCUUUCGAACAGUGCUGUAUAUUGUAAUCCAACAUUUAAAUCAAGACAAACAGCAAACGCAUUGGCCUGAGUUGCUGUAGGUUGAAUGACAUAUCAGUUUCACAUUAUGUACAUUCACUUCUGGGUCACCGUUUUUAAUUUGUUUCUGUUGGAGCCGUUUUGCAAGUUCUCACUUCAAUGAAAAUUGUAAAACUGCCAAAAUUUCAUGUUUUCUUCCAUGUUGUUGCUGUUUUGAAAUAACAUCGUGUUUUAUUCAUAUGACCGAAUGUAGAAUUGAAACUUCUAGGUAUGGAUAUUGUUUGCAAAGUUUGAAUUUUGAGGUACAUUCACACAGACGUAUAAUAAGAAACUGAAUAUGUUAAACAGAGGUUAGUAAGCCUCUGCUCCUUUGUAUCGCAUAUAAUCCAGUUAUUGUUCAGCUCAUAAGGCGUAUAUGCAUUAUUUCUUAUAAAUGUUUUUAUUUAUACACAUAUUAGAGAGAUGCUAAUAAAUUUUAUUUUUAAAA